UUCGGGCUGCCAGAGAGCGGGACAGGAAACUGAAACUUGUGCCCUCUUGUUCAGCUGCAGUUUGUUUAGCCUCUUGGUAUGAACUAACUCUUGAAUCUUUAGGCCACACGUGGACAGCAUCUGAGGGGAUAUAUGAUUUCAGCAGGAGAUGGCGGUGUCGAGCCACAAGCCUGUUGGUAAUGACAACUUGGAGAAAUGGGAAUCAGUUGCCUCUGGGGGAUUUGGUCAUGUGUACAAGGCCAGGCACAAGGACUGGGGCUUUGAUGUGGCCAUUAAGAUACUACGUCAUGGCAUCUGCCCCUUCAUGACACUGAACGAGGAGGCUGAUCACAUGGAUAAAGCUUCCUGUGAGUUUGUGCUCAGACGGUAUGGAAUUUAUCAGGGAUGUCCGCCUGGUGCAGGACCAUCCAUGCAAAACGGAAUAGUGAUGGAGUUCAUGAAGGGAGGGUCUGUUGAGUCUCUGCUGAAGGUCCUCUCUGGCCCUCCACCAUGGCCCCUGGUCUUCCGCUUGGCCCAUCAAGUGGCUUUGGGCAUGAACUUCCUCCAUUUCCAUGGCCUUAUGCACCACGACCUAAAGCCAAGUAAUGUACUGCUAACUAUCGACCUUAACGCCAAGCUAGCAGACUUUGGUCUGUGCAGAGUUUCCACCAGUGCUUUGAACAACAAUGAAGGAUCAAGAGAAAAAAGCCUCAGAGAAAUUGGAGGCACAUACAAGUACAUGCCUCCUGAAGCUUUUAAAGAACCAUAUGAACCUCACCGAUCUUAUGACGUCUACAGCUAUGGUAUCCUGCUCUGGUCCAUUGUCACUGGUAAAGAGCCCUAUGGAACAGCUGGUUAUGAUCAUGUGAAGGAGGCGAUCUGUGACGGGCAAAGACCUUCCCUUGUGGAAACUGACCAGAAUAAAGCAGUAGGGUUGAAGGAACUGGUUGUCCUCAUCAAGAAGUGCUGGGAUAGCGAUCCCUCCAACAGGCCUCUUUUUAAAAAGUGCCGUGAAGACACUGAGAAUUUGUUUUCAAAGCACGAGGAGGGAAUUCAUGAGGCAGUCCAACAAGUCUCGGCAAGACUGAAGUCACCAACCAGUAAUCAACAGUCAAACACACGUGUGGCAAUUGAUGUUCCUCCUCAGACACAAGGACAGACAAGGUCAAAUGAUACUGUGGAUUUUGUCAGAUUUACCAGAACUGAAAGGCCUUCAGCACAGGAUUCUUCAGUUUCUACUGAAAGCAUGAGCAUUCAGGAUAAAGCAAAGUUUGUUGAUGCGAACAAGGCGAAGAUAAUUAGAAGCGUUGCCGAGGUCAUGUCAAUAACAGAGGAUCUUGGAGACAUGGUCCAUGGUGAAGCCUACUCAUGGAUCCGAGCUCAGCUGACAAGCCAUGAAAAGAUGAGAGUGCUUUAUGAUAGAUCAUUGCGUUCAGGAGGGGAAGUGGUCAAAGCAGCCUUCUACGACGCCCUCAAAAGCCAUCACCCAGACCUAGUGAAGAGGCUCGGUGGCUCAUCCUAAAGGAAUUGUGGCAUUCCUGCAUUUUCUGCACAGAGAUGUCAAAAGAGUUUCCAUGCCUCUCGUCAUACACUUCAAUACAUUAAUAUAUUUUUAUUCAUUUGUAGCCUACAUAUAUAAUGUAGAAGCCUAAAUGCAAUGCAUGCGAUAAUUUAGUUCAUAAUUGAAAGGAAUAUUUACAGUAUUUACAGGUUGACCUAGUUGCAGUAUAUUUACAGUCAUGCAAUAAGGGAGAGACACAUAUUUUUUAUUGCACUGGUCAAUUUUGGUGAUUUCUGGUGAUUUUCAGACUAAUAAAAACGUCCAAAAUAGCCUACACAUUUAGGUGUUUAUUUAGUUCAGAUUAGUUCAUUAGUUAAAAUCUUUACCCUGCUAUCUUAUUUUUUGCCUAAAAUUGUAUGGAAUUUUACGAUACAUUUCUUUAAAGGCCAUUUUCUCAAAAUGCUCUAAGCCAAAAA